GUUGCUCAGUCAGUCAGCAGGAAGACAGCAUGGAGGUCACAGCUCUCUGCAUAAGACUGUGGAUGGACAUGUUGGUCCUGCUGCUUGUAAGAGUUGACCACAGUUACUUUGCUCAGAAAACUAAUGUUGCUUUUCCUCGUGUUCUUCCAGACAGACUGCAGUUUUUUGAAUAUGAGAAUGUCAGUGUGAUCUGUCAAGAGUUAGGUGGUUUGACUGAAUGGCGAGUGAUGAGGAGGCUCAAUGAAAGAAGUCCAACAGAUUCUUACACCUGGCAGUCAUCAGCACCAUCCUGCACAAUUUAUCCCACCUUUAAACGUCACAGUGGAGAGUACUGGUGUGAAGAUGCAGAGGGGAACAAACGCAAUGCUGUCAUCAUCACCAUCAAUCCUGGUUCUGUGAUCCUGGAAGUUCCUGCCAGUCCUGUUGUGGAGGGAGACAACGUGAGUCUUUAUUGUAGAAAGAAGGAUUCUCAGUCAAAUCACAUAGCUGAUUUCUACAAAGAUGGAUCCAAACUCGGGACCUGGUAUUCAAACAACAUGACCAUCCAAAAUGUUUCCAAGUCUGAUGAAGGACACUACAAGUGCAGCAUCUCUGGAGCUGGAGAAUCACCACAGAGUUGGCUGACUGUUUCAAACGAAAGUAAAGGUGAUGAAGGCAUGUUUAAUAACUCCAUUCCAGCAGCCGACGAAGAGACCCGUCCUUCCAGUCCUUUCAAUCUGCCCUCCCUGCUCUGGAUUGUUGUGUUGGUGGCUCUGAUGCUGUUGGUGAUGGGACUUCUUCUCUGUAGGAAACACAGGGUUUUUCUAUCAAUGGCAUUUUGUCUAUUCUGUUCUCCAGUAUUGGGCUGUUUGUCGUCUGGAAAACCAACACCAGGAUCGCACUCACCUGCAGAUCCUACAGGAGAGGACAGUGUCGCUUGAUCCACAUAAUGCAACAUACGCUGUUGUCAAAAAA